GUCAUUGACAAUGGCUCCGGAAUGUGCAAGGCUGGCUUCGCCGGCGAUGACGCUCCUCGAGCCAUCUUCCCGUGAGUAGCGAUACGGGUCUCCAAAGCCGCUGCCGGGAUCGUGAAGGAGGCACGGCUGCAGUGCGCGAGUGGUACCAUGAGACCAGCAAGGGUGAAUUGGAAAGUAUGAUGUCAAAGAGCAGAGGCCGCUGCUGGGUGCUCUCCGCAGAGCCACAGCUGCUCCGAGUGGCCUCAGAAAAUGCUGGCAAAUCCCUCGUUUCCUGGCGCACGUGGUUCGCUCUCUGAACGUGGCCACCUCAACGCGCGUGUGGAAAGCAGCGGGGAGGGGUCGCACAAAUGCGCGAAUCCUGGAUGCUUAUACGUCAAGACUCUUUUGCGCAGGUCCAUCGUUGGACGCCCUCGCCACCAGGGUGUGAUGGUCGGAAUGGGCCAAAAGGACUCUUAUGUCGGCGACGAGGCUCAAUCCAAGCGUGGUAUCUUGACUCUCAAGUACCCCAUUGAGCACGGCAUUGUCACCAACUGGGACGACAUGGAGAAGAUUUGGCACCACACCUUCUACAACGAGCUGCGUGUCGCUCCCGAGGAGCACCCCGUCCUUCUCACUGAGGCGCCUUUGAACCCCAAGGCGAACAGGGAGAAGAUGACUCAAAUCAUGUUCGAGACCUUCAACGCCCCCGCCUUCUACGUUUCUAUUCAGGCCGUCUUGUCUUUGUACGCGUCCGGUCGUACCACUGGUAUCGUGCUCGACUCUGGUGAUGGUGUUACCCACACUGUUCCCAUCUACGAAGGUUACUCCUUGCCUCACGCUAUUCUGCGUCUUGACCUUGCUGGUCGUGACCUCACGGAGCACUUGGUCAAGAUCCUCAUGGAGCGCGGCUACCCCUUCACCACUACUGCCGAGCGCGAAAUCGUUCGAGACAUCAAGGAGAAGCUUUGCUACGUCGCCUUGGACUUUGAGCAGGAGAUGCAGACUGCUUCUCAAUCCUCUGCAUUGGAGAAGAGCUACGAGCUGCCAGAUGGUCAGGUCAUCACCAUCGGAAACGAGCGUUUCCGCGCUCCCGAGGCCCUCUUCCAACCCAGCUUCCUGGGUCUUGAAGCCAGCGGUAUCCACGAGACCACUUACAACUCCAUCAUGAAGUGCGAUCUGGACAUCAGAAAGGACCUGUACGGCAACAUUGUCAUGUCCGGAGGUACGACCAUGUACGCGGGCAUUUCGGACCGUAUGCAAAAGGAGAUCACGGCGCUUGCGCCGAGCAGCAUGAAGGUCAAGAUCGUCGCCCCUCCGGAGCGCAAGUACUCUGUGUGGAUCGGCGGUUCAAUCUUGGCUUCGCUUUCCACCUUCCAACAGAUGUGGAUUUCGAAGCAGGAGUACGACGAGGCUGGUCCCAGCAUCGUGCACAGAAAGUGCUUCUAAGCGCCACAUCGACUUUCACAUUGGUCAAUAGGCUGCUCUUGCUGCUGUUGCUCGACGUAGCUGGCGCGGAAUGGUGGCGUUGCUGUCCUGUGCGUCCUCGACUGCAUGGUGGUGUGACACACUCGAGUGCUC